UCAUGGCUGUCAUACCGGCGAUACCAGGCAGGCAAUAGCCUACGAUAGAUAUAAGAUAGCGAGAGAUAUGUUCGUGUAGAAACCAAACAUUUCAAACGGAGAGAUACUUUGGAUUAAACUGUAUGAACUCUUAGGGUGGUAACUGACCUGUUGCCAUGGCGCUGCACCAGGUAAUCACCCUUUCAAUCUUGGAGAACAAUGUCGGUGUCAGUGAUGCAGUUCUGCUAGACCCGCUCACAGAGGAUGCGUACAUUGAAAACAUCCAACAACGCUUCGCACAUGACCAGAUAUAUACAUACAUCGGCAAUGUGGUGGUGUCUGUCAACCCGUACAGGAAGUUGGCCCUCUACACAGACAGCGUGAUUGAAGAGUACAGAUGUCGCAACAUUUAUGAACUUCCACCGCACAUAUAUGCCAUAUCAGAUGAUGCGUAUCGGUCAAUGCGUGACCGAAAUCUUGACCAGUGUAUCAUCAUAUCUGGGGAGAGUGGAGCUGGUAAAACUGAGGCCAGCAAGAUGAUCAUGCACUACAUUGCUAAAGUGUCUGGGAAGGGUCGUGACAUUGAUCAGGUCAAGGAACAGCUGCUCCAGUCUAACCCAGUACUGGAGGCCUUUGGAAAUGCCAAGACCAAUAAGAAUGAUAAUUCAUCUCGAUUUGGGAAGUACAUGGACAUCGAGUUUAAUUACAAGGGAGACCCUAUUGGAGGCGUCAUCACAAAUUAUCUUUUAGAAAAAUCACGGGUCUCUGGACAAAGUACUGGGGAAAGGAACUUCCACAUAUUUUACCAGCUACUGACUGGAGCAGAUCCUGGCACCCUAGCAAAUUUAAAGCUGACGUCAGAUCCCAAUCAGUUUGCUAUCCUCAACAAGAGUGGGUGUGUAUCCGUGGAUACUGUUGAUGAUAAUGAAAACUAUCACACUGUUAUGCAUGGUAUGAAGGUGAUAGGGUUCACGGAGGAGGAGAUCGAAGCUGUGCACCAGCUCCUGGCCAGUGUACUGAAGCUUGGUAAUGUAGCGUUCGUACACCGCAGCAACGUGGAUGGAACUGACGGCUGUAAUAUAGAGGAUGACAAAGAAAUCCGAGAUGUUUCUGAACUGCUCUCCUGUUCCUUGGAGAACCUUAAUGAAAGUUUGACCCGCAAGUCAGUUGAGGUCAGAGGUGAAAAGGUCAAGUCUGACCUAAAUUUAGCAGGGGCUACCUACGCCCGAGACGCCCUUUGUAAGGCCAUCUACAGUCGCAUGUUCUCCUGGCUAGUACGCAGGAUCAACGAUAGUAUCAGAGUGAAAUCCCAGUCGACCGGCAAAUGUAAAGUGAUGGGUGUGCUGGACAUCUAUGGAUUUGAAGUGUUUCAGGAAAACAGUUUUGAGCAGUUCAUCAUCAACUACUGUAAUGAGAAGCUUCAGCAGAUAUUUAUAGAGCUGACCCUGAAGGAGGAACAGGAUGAGUACAUCAAAGAGGGAAUUGAAUGGAUCCAUGUUGACUUCUUUAACAAUGCUGUGAUUUGUGAGCUGAUAGAGAAGUCCGCAACUAAGGUCAAUACCUCCGGUACUAAGAGUUACAGAAUGCCGAAUGUUGGCAUACUGGCUAUGCUGGACGAGGAAUGUCUCCGCCCUGGAAAUGUCACAGACAAAACAUUCCUGGAGAAACUGAACGUAGCGUGUGGAAACCAUCCUCACUACGAAAGCAGAGGGUGUCGGAAAAAUCAGUCCGACCGUACCUUGUCACAUGAUAUCUUUCGUCUGAAGCAUUAUGCUGGAAAUGUGACAUACAAAGUGGAGGGAUUUAUAGACAAGAACAACGACCUUCUUUUCCGUGACCUCUCUCAAGCCAUGUUUGCCUGUGGUCAUUCCCUUUUGAAGGAUCUUUUUCCUGAAGGGGACCCAGCCCUGAAGUCUCUCAAAAGACCAGUUACAACUGGAUCACAGUUCAAGGUGUCUGUGACAGAACUUAUGAAAAACCUUCUAUCCAAGAAUCCAAAUUAUGUCCGAUGUAUGAAGCCAAAUGACCAGAAAAAACCUGGUGUGUUCACAUUGGACAUUGUGCGGCACCAGGUCCGAUACCUUGGAUUGAUGGAGAAUGUACGAGUGAGAAGGGCUGGCUAUGCCUACAGACAGACCUAUUCACAAUUCCUGUUCCGCUACAAGAUGUUAGCCAAUGAGACAUGGCCUCAUUGGACAGGUGACCCCAAGGAGGGUGUGAGAAUUAUCUGUUUAGCCCAGGAAAUUGAUGCAGAGGAGUAUGCCUUUGGAAAAUCCAAGAUCUUUAUCAGGAACCCACGCAUGUUAUUUGACAUGGAGGAGAGGAGGCGGGACCGUAUGCACUACCUAGCUGUGAUGAUACAGAAGACAUACAAAGGCUGGAAGCAGCAGAAACUGUACCAGCUGAUGCGAACUAGUCAGAUCAUCAUCUCUGCACGCUUCAGGGGAUUCUGGGCCCAGAAACAGUACCAGAAGACGAGGAAUGCGACUUUGGUGUUACAGUGCUUUGUGCGCGGCUGGAAUGCACGUGUGCUGCUGAGGAAACUGAAGAGGGAGAAACUGGAGUUUUGGGCAGUGGCCGUUAUCAGGAAAUACUUUUUGGGCUGGAAGGUUCGCAAAGAGUACAGGAAGAAGUUCCGGGCCCAGGCCGGACCAAAGAUUGUCAAGUUCCUCCAGGUGGCAUUGAAGAAGCGGUUCUUACUGAAUAUUAAGAAGAGCCUCCCCUCCUUAUCUCCCACCGACCCCUACUGGCCAAAGUGUUCACCACGCUUCAAGACUACAUCAGAUCAACUCCAGGUCAUAUUCCACAGAUGGCGGUGUGUAAAGUACAGAGAGAAAUUUGACACAGCAGAGAGGUACAAAAUGAAAGAGAAAGUCACUGCCAGUGAUAUAUUUAAGGAUAAGAAGGAGGGAUAUCUACAAACUGUACCUUUGCGUUUUGCUGGAGAUUAUCAAAAUCUACGACAAAAUCCCAAGUGGAAGAAAAUGAAUGAAGUGAACAACGACAACCAUGUUGUAUUUGCAGACGCUGUCAGAAAGGUCAACAGGGCCAAUGGAAAGAUGGUUGACCAGCUCCUAGUGGUCAGCACACAGGCCAUACUAGUGAUAGAACAACACACCAUGCAGGUCAAGUACCGCAUCCCUGUUGCUGAGAUCAAAAGGAUAUCACUGAGUCCCUUCAGGGACACACUAGUGGUCCUACACCUUCAAAAGCAUGAGAAUGGUGAUAAGCUAUCAAAGAAGGGAGAUUUCCUGUUUUGCUGUGAUCAUGCCAUGGAGGCUGUGGCAAAAACUUACCUAGUGAUACAGAACAGUACAUCACAGGCACCUAGCGUUCAGAUAUCUAAACAAUUUUCUGCACAGUUUGGCUCAACAUCUGUUCAGUUGAAUUUCCAAAAUGGAGUACAAGACAUUGUAGGAGGUAUAAAAAUCCAGCGAAGGAAAAAUGUGAUGGAUGUACUACAGCCAUAGGAAGGUUAUGUGUGUGUGUCAGUGGCGGUGCCUUACUAGGGUCUAUUCCAAGUGUCUGAAGGAGCCAGAUAAGCACCAGGGGAAAUAGCGCUGGUGUACUACCAGGCUAAGGGAGCAUUAGAAUGGUUUGUCGAGGGUGGGAGAUUUUGUUGUAUAUGUGAUGACGUUAGAGCUUCUCUACAGUUUUUUGUGAACACAGUUUCAUCUUAUACCAUCGGAAAAAAAGAUUACAUUUAACAUGCUUGUGCAACAUGACCAAAAUUUCUGUAUCUCUUUAUAAUAUUCAGAAUAACAAUGGAGUAAUACAGUCUUCCUUUUGUCAACACCAAGAAUGCUGUGGGGAAUUUGAGGUGUUUAUAUUUAUUGAAAGAGAAUUUUUUGUAGAUGAUACUUUUUCGAAAGAAUAAAGGUAUAAGCAUGAUUUUACAGUAUUUCAUCAAACAUCGGUUGUAGUCAGUUGACAUUUUACAUUUUAAUACACAUGCACAGAAUGUUACUCUGCAUUUAUUGAGUUGUAAACCAAUAAAAAAUCAUACAUUUGAAUUCAUAGUUUGCGAUAUCAGUUUAGGAACAGUUCCAUAGACAUCAUAUAAACAACAAAAUAUAUGGCUUAUAUCGGUGAAAUUUUUACACGUGGCGUAUGUUUGUGUUGAGUCUGAGUGGUGAAUAUUAUAUAUACAGAUAUUGUGAUGUCACUAAAGCUUAUACAUAUAUAGUGCUAUUUAUACAACGUUAGAAUUGGAUCUGUAACAAUGUUAACUCAUUAUAUUGCAGUGCUAGAUAUUUUGUAUUAGCCAGAAUUUUUGUUUCGAUUUUUACCGAUAUUUUGUUUGUGCAUUUAUUUACCAUCGACCUGAACCAAGUAAAGUUAGAAGACCAAUUCCAUAUCAUAAUUAUUUUAUUUUAUUUAAACAAAACCAGAUAAUAUGAAUUUUUCCAAUUUGAAGGAAUGUGACUUCUAGUCCAAUGAUAUUCUAUCAUACAUGUAAUUUGAAUCCUAGUACAAUUAUAUAUAGCCUAUACUGUAGAAUUUACACCAACGGUACCAGCAUAUUAUUAAGUGAAAUGAAAAAAUGUUAUGUUUUUUUCUAUAUGCAAUGUAUAGUAUUUUUAAUUUGUAAACAAAAACCCUUGGAUUUUCCAAAAUAUCACAAUAUUAUUUGAAACCAAUUUGUUUUUGUAAUGUAAGUUGACCAACUUCACUAUUUACACUUAUAACAGUAAUCAGAUCUUCAUGAGGAUGAAUCCAAUCGAUCAUCAAGUGCUAUUUAUCAUUCUAUAUAGGCAGAACUGUUAUCACCUUCACUGGGAUAUAUAACUGUAGUACAUUGUAAGGUUUGGUGCAUUCUAUUUCUCCCUUUGAAGAGUUAUGGUGCAGGUUAGAUGAUUACGAGGUAUAACGAGGGCUGGUUUGUAUGCAUUGUUACUGGUGCCUUAUUGGCUGCUGAUCUGUUAUGCUAUAUUUAGAUCUGUUUGUUUACAUGUUUAGACUAUAUUUAGACAUACAUGUUCUUUGUUGUUAGUUUUCAUUUCAUGCAUUUGUUUUUAUAGCACAGUCAUUUCUGCAAUGCUAUGUGCCUUUGUGGGCUCAAUAGAAUUUGGCUCAAAAAAGAUUUGCCUGAUUAAAAGGCAAUGCCUUGGAAGAUUUUUUGUUUAAAGUAACCAAUAACUUUGAAUCGUCAACAUAUUGGCUAGGUCAAAGAAUAAUUUGCAACCUGUGUUUCAUAUCAUUUGGAAUGCCCACAUUCAGUCUGAUAACUGCAAACAUCUACCUUUGUUUUUUUCUCAUUUUUUGUAUCAUGACCAAUCAAAAUGUAUCUUUAUACAAUUGUAUCCCUAUACACUGUAGACUAGAGGACCAAAUGUUAUAGCGCGGCUAUAUAAACAUACAUACAGAAGGAUGUUUCUGUAAAAUCUCAUCUCUAUUGCAAUUGUCUAUUUGACCGUAAGCAUUACUACAUUGAUUACUCAAAUGUUUGACUAGUAAAAUUACUAGUUAUGACAAACUUGGCCAACUUUUUUUUAUUUCAUAUCAUUAAUAACUGUCAGUCAUUAAAUACACAUGUAUAUUAACAUUAUUAAAUAAAAGAUGUGAGACAAAUACCUGGGUAUGCUAAAGUAAAAUAUAUUUAUGAAUGAUCACUGCGUUUUUCUUUUCCAUUUCGCAUGGUUUAGUAAGAUAGGAGCUCAUGACAUUUUUCUGUUGAUAACAUAACCUCCAUUGUGUAAUUCACGUUCAUAUCUUUUUAGUGUUCAUUUUGAAACAAGACCAUGGAAUAUUAAUAUGUAUAUUACAAUUUAACUGGCUCAUGUCUGAGCACGAAAGUUUGUAAUGGUAGAACGGUGAAACACAGUAAUACCCUAAAGGUUGUUUUUUUGGACAGUAUAUGUAAACCAGGUGAGUUAUCUCAGAAAUCCAAAACAUUAGAACCUCAGGUUUUAGUUGCUUAUCCAUGUAUGUUAUGACUUAGUUUGUAACUAUAUGUAUAAUAUUUUUUCACUAAGAUAUACAUGUAAUUGAUUGAGAAAUACAGUGAGAUAUGUCAUGAUCAAUUAAAGUUAAAAUGCAAUGGAAAUGGAAAUUUCUUGGUGAAUGGAUCAAGAAUUGUUUUAUCUAAAGAAUCAGAAAAUGAAAAUGUGUAGGCUGUGUUGUCCAGAUCAGACAUAAAAUUUCAAAAAUAAAAAAAAAGGAUUUUUAAUUUCCUUCCUGUUAUAUGAAUGACAAUGUGCUAUUAUAUUUCAUGUUAUAUUUAAACAUCCGGUAAAGUUGAUGUACAGUACUAUAGAUAUAUUGUUCAAAUGAUGUCAGGAUAAAAUAUUUCUUUAAAGAGAAUUACAUGACAGUAAAACUUUUAUUAUCACAUUAUUUGUUAUUGCUUUAAAUCAAAAACUUUCAUAUUGUGUUUGUGUAGACUCCCGAAGAGACCAUUACAGACUUCCCUGUUAUCAAGACUGUUGUCAUUGAUUUCAACAGCUUGUUUCUGUUGUAGAGAAUUGUCUUUGUUGUAAAAACAGAGAACUAUCUCUAUCUCAGACUGUAAGUCGGGAAACAUCUGUUGUAUGGUUAGAAAAAUAUCUCUGAUAUAGAGAAAUAUAUCUUGUAAAGAAGUAUCUCUGCAGUAGAGAAAUGUCUCUGGAGUAGAUAAAUAUCUCUGUAGUGGAGAAGUAUCUCUGCAGUAGAGAAAUAUCUCUGUAGUAGAGAAAUAUCGCCGUAGUAGAGAAAUAUAUCUGAAGCAGAGAAAUAUCUCUGUAGUAGAGAAAUGUCUCUGAAGUAGAGAAUUAUCUCUGUAGUAGAGAACUAUCUCUGCAGUAAAGAAGUUCUCUCUUGUAAGGAGAGUAUCUCUGUUAGUAGAGAAAUAUCUUGAGUAGAGAAAUAUAUGUUUUAGAGAAAUGUCUCUGUUUUAGAGAACUUCUCCGUUGCAGAGAAGAUAUUUCUCUUGUAGAGAACGAACCGUUUCUGUUGUAGCUUAAGUUUUUUCCUCUGUAUAUUAUAAAUUUUGUUGUAACUUGUAAAUGUUAAGUUUGUAGUAUUACUAUUAUCUGAUAUGCACAUUGUGUUUUUUGUAACCAGGGCUUUCUAUCACCUUGUAUAAUUAGUUGUCCACGUUAGGCCCAGAUUCAUCAAACACAGGUUAGUUGAUCAUGAAUAUCACCACAGACAAGUAACCACAAAUAUCAUUUAUAUGGGGGUGGG